UUCAAUCUGGCAACUGUUGUAUCAUUCUGAAAAAAUAUGGCGUUAAUAUUAAUAACUAUGCUGAAAUGCAAAUAAAUUACGUUAAUUUUGAUUCGCCAAACUGGUGAAUUAUAUCAAAAUGUCAGAUCUGUGUUGUAAAUGUAAUUUACCGAAAGAAGUUCCAAAAUCUCACUCUGGAUCAGCAUCAUUCCGAUACAUUUGCCGCCUUUGCUUGAUGCGUGCCGAAGACACGGAACCAAUUUUUAUUCAUCCGGGAGACAGUACAUUGGCAAAUAAAAUCUUUGCUUGCACCGGUGUAAAGGUAGAUGAAAAUGCCACAAUUGGACCGAACUCUAUUUGCAUGUCAUGUAAGACAACGGUUUACAAAAGUUUCCAAUUUUUGGAGCUUUGUCAACGUAAUAAUAAAAUAAUACAGAACCUGCUAAAUCAAAACAAACCAGAUAUCGAAAAUAUUCCAUCAAGGAACGAACUGCGCAUGGUAAUUCGUGCCACGCCAGGAAUAACUUAUCCUAGCUCACCCAACAAGAGAAAACGAACAAUAUCACGACGUAAAUCAACUCGUAGCAAUCUGGAAUCGUCCACAAGCGCGAGUGAUAUCACUUGGAGUGAGUGUGAUACUGACAGUCGAGAUGAGCUGGGUGAAGACGAUGUAGACGAAAAUCAUCCAUUCCGUCAAGCUGCCUACGAAACCGAUACGCAAGCAGAAUCACCGAAGAGGCAAAGAAUAAGUUAUAACGAGAAUAAAGUCCCCACUUUGGUAAUACCAAUCGCACGAAUAAAUGGAAAAUUUGUUCGAAAUUCGCCGUGGGCUGGCUCAGAUGGGCGAACAUCGCGUUCCUCAACGAUUGAUCCGGUUGGUGAAAAUGAUUUAUUUCAGUGUGAAUUUUGUGAGGGAUCUUUUCCUUACCGUAUUCAAAUCAGACAGCACAUUGAUCUCUAUCACGCUGAUCGAAAGCACGAAUUGGCGUGUAAAUUUUGUUCAAAAACUUAUUUUACAACUGAAACACUUCGCAGGCAUGUAACACAGAAACACAGUUCUGCAGUUUUAAUAGAAUGUAAAUUAUGUCAAAGGACAUUUACUACUCAAAAAGGAUUACAUCAGCAUUACCGUUCGCUUAUACAUAGAGCCGCUACGGGAGAAGCUGUCUAUCCACGAAGACGAUCGUCGUAUCAUAGUAAUUCCAGUCGUCGAGAAUCUUUCAAUUCAGAAUUCAGUGAUGAUUGUCAACUGAGAAACCCAUUACGUAGAAAAUCGACGCAGUCGCGAAGCAUACUUGAUGACGAUUACAAUCCCUAUGCAAACGUUUGUUACGACGAAUUAGCCACUUACAAGUGCGACUAUUGUGACGUCAGGUUCGAUGACAGACAAAGUCUUGCAAAGCACACCGCUGUUCAACCUUGCCGCGUAGAGUUGGAGCCCCUUGAUCUCGAUCUAUUACUAGAGAAGAUGGAUCUAGACGAGCUACUAAAACCACUAAGCAACGGAGACGACGUAGCAAUAAUCGAGCCACCUAUCGAAAUAGUCGAUCUUACGUAGCAUACCGUCAUCCACAAUAGAUGUUCUACAGCAAAGCGUAUAAUCUUACGUUUUAAAUUUACCAAAAAUUCGGUGCGCUGCAAUCUUGAAGAAAUAUUUUGAAUAUUAAUUUUAGCACAUAAUUUUCUAUAGGCUUAAAUGUGUUAGACAUUUAUAUAUUUUUUAUUUGAAAUAUCAAGAGAGAUGAAGAUCAAUUAGAAACAUCAUUCUAGAAAUGAAAAAAUAUAAUUUCGCAUGUUCGUCGUGAAGACUGCGUGUUUUAUAUCGGUAUGAGUUGAGUUGAAACAAUCAAAUUAUUACAAAUGCUAAUUAAAUAGCAUCUCCAUGAACAAAUAAAGAAUCAGACCAGAAUAAUAAGAUGUAUUUUUAUGAAUUUUAAAAAGGUAUUAACCUUAGUACAACGCUCCAUCCUAAUGGAGCUCACUUCGAAUGACCGAUUCGUGUGAAAUAAAUGUGCAAACUUUAAAUGUUUCA